UUUUGCGUAUAAAGAUCUUUACUGAUCUUUUUCCCUCCUCAAAUUGCUGUUCAGAGUGUGUCUGACACAGAAAAUAAGUGAGUGAGAGAGAGAGAGAGAGAGAGAGAGAGGAGGGUUGGUAACAGUAGCCAGUUGCUCAAAAUCUAAGAAAAGCACCCAACUUGGGUUGAAAGAAGUCACCUUUGAGCUUCUUUGGGGCAUUAAUGAUCUGGGCCUCAGAGAGCCAUUACAUGAAGAUUCUGAUUCUCUCUCUGGGUCUUGAAAAUGGCAUCCAAAACCCAAGUUGUAGUUGUUGAUGUUGAGCAAGGAGGUCGCCGGAGCUCGGGUCAUGGGUACUCGGAUUCCGGGUCAGAUGAGGAGGAGGAGGAGGAGCACAGGAGCUCGUGUGUGUCCGGGAGUAGUGAAGAGAUUGUGGAGAGGGGAUCCUCUGAGAGUGAGUCUUCGGUAGAGGAGGAGGUGGAUCUGGAAUGUGGAGGGGUGCCUGCUGAAGUGAAGGUCCACGUGGCAAAGGUGAAGAGGGAUUGUAGGAUUUGUCAUCUGAGCAUGGAUGCAACCAAUCAUGAAUCUGGGAUUCCUAUCGAGUUGGGGUGUUCUUGCAAGGAGGACUUGGCUGCUGCACAUAAACAGUGUGCUGAGGCCUGGUUCAAAAUCAAGGGUAACAAAACCUGUGAGAUCUGCGGAUCAACUGCACGCAAUGUUUCUGGGGUGAAUGAAGCUGAGUUGGCAGAGCAGUGGAAUGAAGCAAAUGAUACUGCAGUGCCACCAGCACCAGUUGCCACUACACAGCCAGCAGAGAACCGAAACUUCUGGCAGGGUCAUCGGUUCCUCAACUUCUUGCUAGCUUGUAUGGUCUUCGCCUUUGUCAUCUCUUGGCUCUUUCACUUCAAUGUACCCUCAUAAGAAGUAUUUUUCUACAGCAAUGAUAUCAAGGUAACAAACAAGCACCUUACUAGCUCUGGAGUAAGCUUCUUCUCGGUCUCUAUGUUGUCUGUAUAUUAGUAAAGGCUAGCAGGUUGUUGUAAUUUAUGUUUCCAUUGUUAAAUUUGAUUGGCAACUUGAUUAGCACCAGUA